AUGCCUUACUUGGAAACCCGCAUGAAGGGACUCUCUUCAGACCAGCGUCUCGUGCUCCGACUAUGUCCUCCGCCGUCCGACAAGCUAGGCACCACCCAAUGGGAGUACAAGUAUAAGCUAGUCGGCACGCCCCGCCAGAACGACCCCGUGUUAUAUGCUAUCCGCUCCGCCGUCCGCCAGUUAGAGAAAGACAAUAUAUGUAUGGCCGGCGCCGGCAUCCGAGUCCAGAACCUGCUAUCAAGUCCUCCCAUCUGGCCUCUGGUACCGGGGAACGUAAACUGCGCGGUGAAACUAUACGCCUUCAAGAAGCAGUGGGAAGAGUUUCCGCGGGCUAUUUCCGUGACGAUUGGCGACCGGUGGAGCGGGAACCCGUCCUAUCUCGCGGCCGACAGGCUUCUCGUUCGGAAAGGUCGCAAGUGGAAGCCGCUGAAGGCGUGGUUGGUCGAGUGGGCCGAAGAGUACGAGUACGGUCAUAUCGCGUACAACGCGAACGAUGCGAUGUGCAAGUGGUGGGGGAAGAACGGCAAGACUUUCCGGUUUGUGGAUUUGCCCCCCGAACUUCGACUCCAUGUCCUUAAGUAUGUCCUCGGUGGGCAGAUUCGGCCACAUACACAGUCUCAUUACCAGACCGGUCAGAAGAUUGUAGUGCUGGGAUCGAUGAACCAGAACAAUCCCCAUGGGUCCGUAUUCAAGAGCAGUGAAUGCUUUACCCUCGACAGGAUGGCCCGUCGUCAUGCGGUUGCCCGUGUCCCUUUCCCGAACUAUGCGAUUUUUCGCGUCAGCAAGCAAGUGCGAGACGAGGCGUCGCAAGCUGGAUGGAAAGGUACGACGAAAUAUUUCCAUGGCCUACACUAUUUCUCGGAAGUAGUGCGAUGCCCGAAUCCGCCAGACAUCGAGGGCUGGCUGUCAAAAGUCUACCUGGACUUGUCCAUAACCGAGUACUUCCGGUUGUUCGGGGUCCAGGCUACUCCGCGCAUCCUCCGCCAGCCAGGUCUCUGCCAGGGAGAGCUCUUUCGGAGUAUUCCCAAGCUGGACUUGACGCUCUCUUUCCGGAGCCCAUACAUCGACGAUGGCGAGAAUCCUUGGAGCAAGUUCAUCGGCAACAACUGGGGCCAGCACUCGUUCCAGGGGCAAUUCGGGAAUAUGCGGAAGUUCCCCUGUUACAGAAUUGUCGUUGACUGGAUCUUAACCUUCGCAUUUCCAUUUGUCAAGAAUAUUACGAACGUUCGUCUCUCUGGCUGCAUUAAAACUGCAAUCAAGCAGAAGUGGAACCAUAUCCUUGAGACAGAAUACAGAGAACGUAAAGAAGAUAACCGUACGCACGGCUUUGACUGGGAGGAAGCAAUGGAGGCUAUCUUGAAUGAGCCUGUAUCCGCUAUGCCGCCCGAAUGCGCUUGCCCUCAAUCCUGCUCCUACAAUAAGCAACCGUACGACCAAGAGCGAUUUGGUAUCCGUUGGGGGACCUGCCAGUUCGAUCACGACGAUGAGUUCUGGCCGGAGGUCGAGCUCCAAGAGGGUGAGGCGGUGGAUGAACUCGGCAUGGAUGCCACAGGUCUAACUGAUGCGGCGGGAGAUGAUGGAGACGACGCCGCUAUCUGA